AUGGCGCUACGCAUAGGAAAGUAUAUUAUCGGGGUCAAUCGAGGGCUUCUCAGUCCAGGGACCGAUGAGACGGCAAAGCUCGAGAAGGUCAGCUCCUCAAUGAGCUCGAUCUCGAAAAAGAACAAACUUCGCCGGCAUUUCAGGAGAUUCUGGUGUCUGUACCUCAUCGCCAAUGUGAUUUUCUUGUCGAUUUUCUUACCAGUUUUCUUUCUGGUCGCGAUUCCUGCUAUCGCUCAGCUAGUCGUCAACAAAUCGGAUCUGCGAAUUGUCAAUGCCGAAGUGAUGCACCCAACAGCAGAAACAGUGCGGAUGACACUAGAAGCUAAAGUAAACUUGAAGCUUGCACUGGGCGUUCGACUCGAUCCAGUCGUCUUCUAUACCUUUGUGCGCUCCGCUGGCUACAAAAAUGCAUAUGCAGGAAUCAAGAUCCCCGGACAAACUAUCAAGGGGAAUUAUUCACUCGGCGUCAUGGACCAGUUGACACCCAUCCUCAAUGUGACUUCCUGGGAAACCUUUGUGAGUCAAGCCGUUCUCCAAAAGGAAACAGCAUUAUCGCUCUAUGGAGCGACCACUGGAUAUCUCGGAGUCCUGAAAAACCACUUUGUAUUGGAUAAAGAUGUGACAAUGCCAGCCUUAAACAGGUUUGCAGGCUUCUCCGUUGCAAAUAGCACAUUCCUCUUACCAGCAGAGGAUGAUGGAUCCAACCUCGUUGCCAAUAUUACACUUCCAAACCCCUCCGUCCUCAGCUUUGAAGUUGGCACCAUCACACUCGACCUCAAAAGCGGCCAUACAGACCUGGUCAUCGGCAAAGCAACGGUCAAAGGCGUCACUCUCAGACCAGGCAACAAUACAUUCCCGUUGACAGGUGUGAUCGAUAUCGGCACAAUGAUCGGCAACCUCACCGAAGUUCUCAGCUCACAGGGUCCCGCCAUCAGAAGAGGCGCACUGAGCCUGACAGCUGUCACCAGAUCAAUUGUAUCCAAUGGCACUCUGAUCCCGUACUAUACAAAGGCUCUUGCAUCACUCCCCCUAGUAGCAAAUGUGAGCAUUGGUGAUGUUCUCAGGAACUCGCUCGCUCACCUGGGCUCGAGUGAAACAAUGUCAGAACGCGACGAAAAACGCAAGAGAGGCCCCGUGCAAUUGGACGGCCCAGUUGGAUACGGUGACUUGUAUAGCCAGGUUGCAAGUCUGAAACACAACAGACACGUUCAAAAGAUUUUUGAGGAUGAAGAUCCCAAGCGACGAGACGCUAUGAUAGAUUCGCUGGCUCGGUAUUAUGCUGCACUUUGA